UGUGCAUAGACCCAACAACAAUCCGUAGCCAAGCAAGCUUGCUCGAGGCUUUCUUUGAAACCCCGCGCAUUCAAAGGUAUUAGCUGUGCUUGGGCAAACUACCUCUGUCCGACAACAAAGCGGUUACAACUCUUCAACCAGCUCAUAAUCCUUACGGGGUAAACACUUGCGGUCAGAUGGAGCCUUCUUCCCUUUGUCAUGGAAAUAUUCCUUUGCCUCUUCAGUGUGAGAAGACUUGAUUUAUGCUACAAACAUUCAAGAAGAUUGAGAGGACACACGAUUUGUAGUGGAAGAUGCUCAUAAUUAUGCAUGUGUGGAAGCUACAGUGUGGUGCCUUGUAAUGAACAUCCACAUAACGUUUUGGGAUGGGCAACACAUUCUUGAACAGAGUGAUGUUUAGUUAGAAAAAUGAGAAAGUUCUGUUUGUAAGAUCACGGUCUCGUGAGCAGGAUGGAUGAUAACCUUGGAGGAAAGUCAUGAAUUUGUUCAGACUCUACAAAAAAAAUCACUUCAGUUCAGUCCAUGGAAUAUUGAUCCGUCGGCUGCCCCGCCAUGUCACGGUCCAAGGCCCAAUCUUGUCCAAAGUUCAACUCGAAUAAGGACGUUGAUGAUCUUGGAGCUUUUGAAGAGAUCUGCUCGUGCAACUGGCGUCAGGGCCUGGUCCAUCGGCCAGGUGAGAUCGCGAAGCCGGAGUUUUGCUCCUCGGCCCACCAGUCAUGGAGCACACCCCUGGCCGGUUGGUUUGACGCUCUCCCCUCGGGCACCACUCGACCAACCCCGCUGGUGAGCACCGACCGAGGAGUCCAGAGCUCAACCCCUCGGAAGUCGGCACCUCAGACCAACAACCACAACGGCAAAUCGGCGCGUUCCAGUCAACGGACUCCUUCAAAACCCUCCACCAAAUCGGCUGGAAAUCCUCGAGAUGCGAGACAUGCCGAGACGCGAUUCGAGCACCGACUCGAAGCGAGCGAGUACAUCAAGGAGUACCGGGAGAGACACGUCCUGCGUCUGGUCGGAUCUGACGGAUGCCCCGUCAAGGAUGGUAACUCGGCGUUCGGGAAAAACCUCCCCGACCCAUACGCCUUCAAGUCCGAUAAUUUCAGGAAGAUGUACAGCCGGUUACAGGACUUCAUGAAAAGACGACCAAAACGCACACUUGCCACAGGCGCCCCUUUCGCCCUACAAGAACACAGGUUGCCUACUCCACCGAGUGAAAUUGAUCCCGCAAAUGAGAAAAAGAGACCUGAUUUUUCAUUUUCUGAUGAGGUCCAGACGAACUUCUCCGACGUCUUCAGCCCGGCGUUUCAAAGACCGAAGGACAUGGUCUUCCGGCCCUUCAUCUGCGGAAGCGGGAGCGGGGCCAGGAACGUGCAAGGCCCGGCCAAGCUACGGUACUCUCACAGCGCGAAGCGCACGGGAGGGUCACUCCCAAACAUCGCCCGAGAGCCAGACGUGGUGCGGUUCCCUAUGCCCGCCUACGUGGUCACAGACUCCGGGAACGUCUACCAGGACAACAGGCUUGGUACCCCGCCCAAACCGGGCCUGGCAUCCCAGAUGGACCUCCGUCUCCUGGAACCCAAAUCUGCCAAUGGGAACCGGACCAAAACAAACCGUGUGGACUCCAAACCGAACAUCAUGAGUGCCGAGUUCGACAGUGCCAUGAUUCAGUUUCUGCAGAAAGCCAAGCAGAACUUGGAAAGAGUGCGAGAGCAGCGGAUUAGGAAGGAGGCGAUAGACAAGGGACGGUUGGUGAGCCGGCGGGGGAAAAGAAGUGACCUGGUGGUUACCCCUGGAAAGCAGAGAGCGAUGAAGUCCAAUACAACUGCGACGGACAUGAGAAGGAUCGACCUUGGGGUAUCUCAGUCAUGAGGGUGGGUCACGCGACAGCUUAAGCAAAUUCUGAUAGGUCUAGUCAAGCUACAUGUGAACAUGUGAAACACAAGCUGUCUGUUUUGUCUUCAAUUCAGAAUCAGUGGAAAAAUAGAAAAAAACAAGAGGGUUUUCUUGUUUUAAGUUGCCGUUUAAUUAUUUUAAUAAUCAGGAAAAAGGGUCAAAAUACGGGUAAAUUGUGUUAACCCAACAAUGAAAUAAUAACACAGAACACUUUUACAAGACUUUGCUUGCCCUUAAUUUUAUUCAUUCAAACUUUUGUUUUAGUUACUGAAUAUUCUUAAUCGAGAUUCAAACCUGUGGAUGGCUGGCUGUUUCUCCUCAAAGAGAAAAAAAAACCCUGGUUGUCCGAGAAGAGUGUAAGAUGUCUUAACCCAAUAAAUCAAGGGGCAGUCUACUACCUUGGUAGAAACAAUGAGUUCGUCAAUUAUGUUAAGAUGUCAUGUUACUGUUCUUAUCGUUACUU